ACAGGAUGAUAGACUGGCUUAAACACGGUCUGGAGAACAUGGUUCCUCAGCCAGAGAGUCAUGUUCGCUCAAAGACAGAAGUCAACAAGAAGACUGAAGCUCCUCCUUCAACUAAAGCAGAGGCUCCGGCACCAAAACCUGCUCCAGCCACAAAACCUUCUGCUGACACUGAGAAGGAUGCUAAUGAAGCAGAGCAGCAGCCAAAUAUUAUGGGCUGGAUGGUCAGUGAGAUCGGCCGCAUGUUGCCCCAGCCUGCACAGAAACAGGAGCCCGGCAGUGACGAGGUGCAGAACAUCAGCAUCGUCCAGAUGAAGACGGACCUGGUGCUGGAGGACGUCGGACAUGACGAGGACAACGACGUGAAGCAGAAGGAGGUGAGAGAGGAGUCACAGGACGAAGAGAAUCUGACAGAAGAGGCAAAGACCCGGAAGGAACAAAGCACUCCACUGACUGACAGCAUCAAGAAGGAAGCUGGAGAAGUGGUUCAAGCUCACGUGGAGGAAAGCUCUCCCCUGUUGGACAGACUGCAGCAGGAUCAUCUGGAGGCAGCCCGCAACGCAGAGGAGAUGGCCAGGAAGGCAGCAGAGGAGGCAGCGCGACAGCUGGAGGUGGAGCAUUUGGCUAAGAUUGUCACAGAAACGCUGCCAGAGUCCAUCGAGCAACUGUCCAACAUCCAGGAGGAGGAAAACGAGGACGAAGCAGAGUUGCAGAACCUGCAGGAGGAGAUUGAAGACAGCACAGACAAUAGGAGUCCUGAGGAAAAUAAAGGAACAGAGGAAAAUAACAAAGCCCCUGUUGAGGAAAAGAAAGAACUCAAUCAGGCAGACCUCAAAAGGAGUCUGGUGGACGUCUGUCCGAAUGAAGGCAGUACCACCAGCACUGUCUCAUCAACAGAUGCGGAGCCACCAACGGACAGUAGAGACCUGGAGAGUCCGGUCCCCCAAACGAUCACCCAACAACCACAGUCACAAGCUCCAAUAGCCACCACCACCACAGGUUCACAUCAGGUUGUGCAUGUUCAGCAGGAGCCGCCACCCCAACAGACAACAGGCAUGAAGCAGCAACUGCAUGUAGAAAGUGAAGAGGCCAAUGCAGAAGAAGGUGGAUGUGGAGGGAGUUGUGGGCGAGGUUUGGGUGAAGCUCCGAUGCUGAAGGUGGAGGAUGUGGAUCGGGACGUGGGGCAGCAAAAUAAAGGCGUGAACAUUCCCAGAAUUAUCAGCAGCACAGAACCAGAGGGCAGCCAUCUGAGAGUCCGGCUGUCAAAGCUCAGAGCUGCAGACGAGGAAGCAGAUGUUGAUCUGAAGACCUGGUCCAGUCAGGGAAACCUGCCGACUGCAGACAGCGAGAUGCUUCCUCUGUCUGCAGCCAGCGUCGGCAGCGCGGCGGUCCAGGAGCGUCUGAUCGAGCUUGUCCAGCUGUUUAAAGGCCGAUCCGAGCUACGGAAAGACCGACUGGUGGACCCAGACGAGUCCGAGGAAGAAAGUCCUUCAGCCUCCCCGAGCAAAGCUCCUCCUCCUCCUCCUCCUCCAGAAGAGAAGAAGGACGAUGCGCCUGCAGCAGCAGAAGAUGAUGAUGAAGACGACGAAGAAGAAGAGGAGGAAGAGAAGGAAUUCAUGCUCCCCUUUGAAAUUUUGGGACGUCCAGUCGUAAUUCCCAGACUGCCCAAACUGCCCAAACUCCCCCCGAUGCCCGACUGGCUCCGAGCCAUCGUGGAGUACCGAUUCCCCUCCAGCAUCGACCCUUUCACCGAUCUGAUCUACGUGAUGUGGCUGUUCUGUGUCGUGGCGGCGUGGAACUGGAACGUGUGGUUGAUCCCCGUCCGCUGGGCGUUCCCCUACCAAACCCCCGAAAACCUCCACCUGUGGCUGCUGAUGGACUAUACCUGCGACUUCAUCUACAUCCUCGACAUCCUUGUCUUCCAGCCCCGACUGCAGUUCGUCCGCGGAGGAGACAUCGUGUGUGAUAAAAAGGACAUGAGAGACAACUACAUGACCACCGAGAGAUUUAAGAUGGACAUCAUCAGUCUUUUUCCCAUGGAGAUAUUUUACUUUUUCACCGGAGUGAACUCUCUGCUGAGAUUCCCUCGUCUGCUGAAGUACAUGGCUUUCUUUGAGUUCAAUGACAGAAUGGAAGCUGUGAUGAAGAAAGCAUACAUCUACAGGGUGAUCCGAACAUCUUCCUACCUGCUGUACUCUCUGCACAUCAACGCCUGUCUCUUCUACUGGGGCUCAGACUACGAAGGAUUGGGAUCCACCAAAUGGGUCUACAAUGGAAAGGGCAACGCUUAUAUCCGCUGUUACUAUUUUGCGGUGAAGACGUUGAUCACCAUCGGAGGACUGCCGGACCCCACCACCGUCUUUGAGAUUUGCUUCCAGCUUAUCAACUACUUCGUUGGCGUCUUUGCGUUCUCUAUCAUGAUUGGUCAGAUGAGAGACGUGGUCGGUGCUGCGACCGCCGGUGAGAACUAUUACCGCGCCUGCAUGGACAGCACCAUCAAGUACAUGAACAACUACCAUAUCCCCCGGGACGUCCAGAACCGCAUCAAGACCUGGUACGACUACACCUGGAAGAGCCAGGGCAUGCUGGAUGAACAGGAGCUGCUGGUGCAACUUCCUACCAAGAUGAGGCUGGACAUGGCCGUGGACGUCAACUACAGCAUCAUCAGUAAAGUCGCUUUGUUUCAGGGCUGUGACAGACAGAUGGUGUUCGACAUGCUGACGAGGCUCAAAUCUGUGGUCUACCUGCCCGGAGACUUUGUCUGUAAAAAGGGGGAGAUCGGCAGGGAGAUGUACAUCAUUAAGCAGGGGGAGGUCCAGGUGGUGGGCGGUCCCGACCUUCAGACGGUGUUCGUCACCAUCAGAGCUGGCUCGGUGUUCGGAGAGAUCAGUUUGCUGGCGGGAGGCGGAGGGAACCGGCGUACGGCCAACGUUAAGGCGCACGGAUUCGCCAACCUCUUCAUCCUGGAUAAGAAGGAUCUGGCAGAGAUCUUGGUGCACUACCCAGAGUCCCAGAAACUCCUCCGCAAGAAGGCCAAGACAAUGUUGACGAAGGACAAGAAGCCGGAUGAGAAGGGUGCGGCUGCAGCGGCGAUGCAGGUCAUCCCACCCAGACCGGACACCCCCGAGAUGUUCAAGGCGGCGCUGAAGGUGGCGCAGCAGGAAGGAAUAGAGGGCGUCUUCUCCAAACUGAGGAAAAGCUACGAAGCAUCUGAGGCUCUUCCCUCAAUUUCUCCCUCUCUGAGGCGCCGCAGCUCUUCGCUUCCUCUCGCUCUGGUUCAGGACGCUGCCGCCGUGUCGGAGAGCGCCGCCAGCCAGCUGAUCAUCACGAUGACGCCACAACCAGAAGGAGGGGAGCUGCUCACAGUGGAGGAGAGGAAGGAGUGA